UCAAGGGCUGACUACACGCGGCGAGCGCUUUUCUCUCGCAAUCGGUUCCGUUAACUUUCUUACAGUAAAUCAUAACUUCUUUGAUUUCGCGGCGAAACCGCGUGUUUUAUUUUUGUGUUACAUACAUUUUCUUCUUUAGUUCAGUUGGUGGUUUUUUCUUUAGUCCGGUUUUCCGCUCAAUUAUCUUUACCAGUCAGCCAGACUUGGUUACGCUUGCUCUUCAACGUUACUGUCAAGAAGUCAGCCAACAUUCCUAAGACACACCAAAAAAAGCCAAGAUGUACGCGAAAACGAAGAGAUAAGAAGUAUAAGAAGGACAAAAGUCCUACCAUGUUUUCGUUAGCCGAGGGAUGUGGAUGCGUCAAUUUUCGCAGCGGACGGCGGGCACGGUCUCUGGGCGACGAUUCCUCAUCAUGUCGGAGCUCGGAGAUAGAACAGGAGGUGCCGAAGAAAUUGGGAAAGAGAGUUUUAAACGGAGAAUGUACCAUGAAGGCUCUCGCCCCUUUCUUCAAGUUCUGGAGACGGGAUGACGUCAGCAUGACCAAGGCAGAGAGAACGAUGAAGGCUGCUAUUCUGAUCCAACAGUGGUACCGGCGGUAUUUGGCGCGUAUGGAGGUACGCAGAAGGUACACCUGGACUAUCUUCCAGAGCAUCGAGUACGCUGGGGAGCAGGAUCAAGUGAAGUUGUACAACUUUUUCAACGCCCUGCUCAGUCACAUUAGGGACACCAGUGGGCGGCUUUCCUCUGAAAGAACCUCACGAACAGCUUCCAUCCUGGAGCAAGUAUUUUCCGAGGAGUCUGAUGAAGGAGGAGGCGUCGAUGAGACGGCUCCCCCGAAGCCAUCUCGUGGCCCUGAAAUAGAGUUCCCUCUUCAGAGGAAAGACAUCGAUUUACUUAUUGAGACAUUCAGGAAGAAAAAGCAUCGACUACAACCUAAGCACGUGGCGCGGAUUUUGAAGGAAGCCACCCAAGUUCUGAAAAGACUACCUAACAUUAACGUGGCAACUACAUCGAUCUCAAGCCAGAUUACCGUUUGCGGUGACUUACAUGGAAAACUCGAUGAUCUGCUAGUUAUUUUCCAUAAGAACGGUCUGCCUUCGCCCGAAAACCCAUACAUAUUCAAUGGAGACUUCGUGGACCGUGGCAAGAAGGGCCUGGAAGUCUUAUUGCUGCUGCUGGCUUGCAUGUUGGCUUUUCCUGGCGGCGUGUACCUAAACCGAGGAAACCACGAAGAUCUCAUUAUGAAUUCUAGAUACGGCUUUAUAAGGGAGGUUCAUCAGAAAUAUAAGCAUAAUGCAGAGCGUCUGCUAAAACUAAUCGAGGGUGUAUACCGCUGGCUACCGCUCGGCACCAUCAUCAACAAUCGUGUCUUCGUCGUCCACGGUGGAAUCUCCGACACCACCGAUUUGGAUAUGAUACGCAGCCUUGAUCGGGAUAAGUACGUUUCCCUUCUCCGGCCGCCAGUGACUGAGAGCACAGCUCCUGGCGCCGAAGUGAUCGACAAAGUGGAAUGGAAACAGGUAUUCGACAUCCUAUGGUCAGACCCUCAGAGUACGAGCGGCUGCGUGGCGAAUGCUCUUCGAGGAGCUGGCACCUACUUUGGCCCUGAUGUUACAGCCUCCUUCCUGAGGAAGACCAAGCUCAGCUUUUUGGUGCGCAGCCACGAGUGCAAGCCUGGUGGAUAUGAACUACUUCAUAAUGGAAACGUGGUGACUAUAUUCUCCGCAUCCAACUACUACGAAAUUGGUUCCAACAAAGGAGCUUAUCUGAAGCUGUGUGGGAAUUCAUUAGACCGCCAGUUCGUGCAAUAUACCGCGGCGGUGUCUCGUACUCGGCGGCUAACCUUUCGCCAGAGGGUCGGUUUGGUGGAGUCCUCUGCUAUGAGGGAGCUCCAUAAUCAGAUCUUAAUGGCGCGUAGAUACCUAGAAGCCACUUUUCGCAGCAUGGAUGUUGAUCAAAGUGGUUACAUUACUGUCAGUGAAUGGUGUCAGGCCAUGGAAGAGACAACUCAUCUCGGGUUGCCGUGGAGAAUGUUGAAGGACAAACUUGUUCACACUGAUCCAGAAACACGCAAAGUUCGAUACAUGGACACAUUCGAGUUGUCUUCUAACAGGAUGGGACGUAAAGCUGAAACACAAACUGUUGCCGAAACUCUUUACAAAAACAAAAGAAGCUUGGAAACAAUUUUUAAAAUUCUUGAUAAAGACAACUCCGGUUAUAUUACUUUGGAAGAAUUUUCGGAAGCUUGUCAGUUGAUCGGAAAGUAUAUGCCCAACCCGAUGACUCAGGAGCAACUAGUGGAUAUUUGCCGUUUGAUGGACAUAAACAAGGACGGUCUUGUAGAUCUGAAUGAGUUUCUAGAGAGUUUCCGACUCGCCGAGAAAAGUUUCCAAGAUGAUGACUUUUCUGAAAUAACAGCCACCUGACAGGAACUUGACCGUCGUCCGAGUAGGACGGCGGUCGAUAAAGACGAAAUCGGUGUGGAGAUUAAAGUCCUCAAAUUAGAUGAUGCCGGCGAAAAAUAUGCUAAGAUUGAUAAUAACGGACAACCUCAUUUAAUGGGUGCCUGCGUCUCGAACGACGCCGA